UCUUACUCAUGACAAAUGACUUUCCUAUUUUGUUUAUUAUUUAUUAUCCAAUUGAUUAAUCAAUUAAAUCAUCACAUCCGGCCGCUCCGACGCCGGUGAGAGCCUGAAACUGUCCGCGCCCCGCCGUACCCAAAACUGAGAAUCACACCUCAUAACAGUCUUCAGAUUUCCGGAUUCUUCAUCCCUAGGUUCUUAUGUGUGGAUUUGUUCCGAAUAUGAGUUGACUUCUAAGUAUGAGUCUUGAGUUAGGGUUCAACAAAGGAUCAGAAGCUUCUACUUCAGCUUCUGCCUUGAAGGAUAGUGAAUUUGCAAGCCCAAGGAACCAUGAUGAUUAUUCUUUCAUUUCUGAACAAAAGGGUGAGGUCCACGGGAUAGAUCAUGUGGAAAUUGAUACACGUCAAGCUACAAAUUCUUGCUUCAAGGAGCUGGUUAAACCAGAAUGUGGAUACAUGACUGAGAGCUCAAGCUCGUUUGACAGUUCAGCCUCUUGGAUAGAAAAUGGUGAUGCUCCUUUUGAUGCUGAAAUUGGAUCUAGCUCUACUUGGUGUGAUGUCUCUUCACAAUCACAUAGUGUCUUGGGAGAUGAGUUCAAGAAGAGGAAGAAAAAAGUAGCCUCUCACUGGAGAGCAUUUGUGCAAUCCCUCUCAUGGCGUAUUAAGUGGGUUGAGUUGCAAGUAAUGCAAAUUCAAUGCCAAUCUCGGAAAUAUGACAAAGAACUUUCAUUCUUCAACCACCAUAGGGAUUUUCAGAUGGAAAAUGUUACAGCGGAAGGUUUAUGUGCAAAGGCAUUUCCUUUUUCCAAUAAGACACUCAGGCAUAAGAGCCUACGAAGAAAGAAAAGAAGAAGAGCUGAAGAUACUGAGGAUAUUUCUGUGUAUAUGUCUCGCCACAAUUUGUUUUCUUAUUACGAACAUAAAGAAUCUAGUGCUGAAGGUGCUUCAGUCAACGACGCUUUUGGCCCUAUAGCAAUUCCCUUCGAAAAAGAUUGGGUUAAUCAUGGAUUGGUGGCCAAGGGUGAACACAAUUCCUCUGAAAAAAUACUCUGUCAGAUUGACGUUUUGGAAUCACAAGUAAGGGAGCUUAGAAGUAGAGUUGACAAGGCAUUGAGCAAAACUGCAGUGAAGUUCUCCAGCACUGAGAACUUGCGCCUGCCCUCACCAUGUAAAGCAUUGAGCAGCUCUCCUCAACAUCCUCCUCUAAAGGGAGGGGGCAAAAUAGGUAUUGCGCCCCAAGGGGGUUCCACUUUAACUCAUGGACAUGGGGUAAACAUCGCUCAGGUAGUUGAAACCACGAGCAAACCUCUUUUUCAUGACCCGAACAGUGUAGAAGACGAUGAUCUAAUAAACAAAAAGAGGGUGAUCAAUCCUGUUGUUGGAGAAUCUGAACCGCCUAGUGUUGAUGGUCAUACAGUCUCAGAACUCUUUCCCCCCAAGUUGACUUCCUCCACGAUCAAGAAGAAGAAGACCAGAAGAAAGGCUCAAAGGUUGAGUCGAUUAUCCUCCUCCACUUAGUUUUUUAUAUAACUGUAGUGUGAGCGUUGAUCUUUCAUGCCCAAGCAGUUUAGGAGAGGUCCCUUGUAAAUGUCCACACUUGUCUUUGAUGAUGGGGAUUGGGGAAGUAUAGAAACUUUUAUACUACAUACUAUUGUAUAUUUGGAAUUACACUAGGCUGCAUAUAUGGUAAUAUAUUUUAUUUCGUGUAUGAUAAAUAUUUGUAUACUUGAUUGGUAAAUGUGGCAUUGUUAUUGUUGUUGUUGAUGAUGA